AUGGAGCCCGCAGAGGAGACACAUACCGCAACGGUAAAGCAUGCAACGACCGUCGAAGCGCUCAGGAUGGCAUUGGAGCAGAUGGGGCUCAGUACAAAGGGACAUAAACCAGAGCUCAAGCAGAGAUACAGAAAGGCAGUAAAGAAACAAAAGGAGACAGCUGAAGCAGCGAAAGCUGUAGAAGCACCACCAGAGCCUGUUGAGGAGCCAGCAGAAACAAAAAAAAAGCAGCCCUUUGACUACUAUCUGUUCUUUGAUGUGGAGGCCACUUGCGAGGCCAAUGGAGGAUUCACAUUUCCCAACGAGAUCAUUGAAUUCCCUGUUGUGCUGGUGGAUGGCGAGACAUUUGACAUUGUCGAUGAAUUCAGAUCCUACGUCAAACCCACCAUCAAUUCGACACUCUCCGAUUUUUGCAAACAACUGACAGGCAUCUCACAGGAAACCGUGGACAAGAGUCCCAUCUUUAUCGAUGUCUUGAACGAGUUUCAAGAAUUCAUGGCUAAAUACGAUCUAUUCCAAACCAAAUCCGCAGCAUUUGUGACAGAUGGCCCGUUUGACAUUCGAGAUUUCAUCACCAAGCAGCUCAAACACAGCAAAAUCAAGCCAAGGCCUGCUUACUUUGAUAUGCAUUGGGUCAAUAUUCGCAAACUGUUUCGAGAAUUCUACAAGCAAAAGGACAACAAGAACAUCAAUUUGAUGUUGCAGCAUUUGGGACUGACGUUUCAGGGCAGAGAGCACUCGGGCUUGGAUGAUGCAAAGAAUCUAGUGGCUAUCGGCAGAAGGAUGCACGAGGAGGGUUGUGUAUUCAAAACAAACUGUUGGUUCGAUCCAAAGAAGCACAGAAUGUAUGAUAGAAAGCCGUCGUCGGGUAGAAAGAGAAGAUAG